ACGAAUCUUGUUACACGCUCAGUGUACGUUGAUAAGCCGCCCCGCGAACAUCGAUCCCAUCAUGAUUACCAAAUUAAUUUUUAUCGUCACAUUUGUCGGAGCUGGUCUCGGUUUACAGUUAAAACAAGUGGUUUUGCUGUCCAGGCACAACAUACGGACGCCUUUGACCACGAAUUUGCAGUUAUUGACCCCUAAACGAUGGCCGAAGUGGAACGGGGACACGGGGUAUCUCACUCCAAAAGGACGGAUCCUCGAACAAGCUAUGGGGAGGUAUUUCGCCGACUGGAUUAUCGAAGAGGAGUUACUGUCGGAUAAGUGCUCAAGAAAUCAAGUGUUUGUGUUUUCUAAUACGAGAGAAAGAACUAUACAAACCGCGAAGUCGUUCGCUGAAGGCGCUUUUGGCGACUGUGCGGAAGUUUAUUAUAAAAACAUAACGGAAAUGGAUCCAGUUUUUAAUCCAGUUAUAAGGAAUGAUUCAGAAGAGUUUAUAAAGACAGUGUUAAGUGAAAUGCAAGCGCAAUUGAAUAAAAUCGACUUAAAAGAUGCGCUUUUAAGGCUAAAUAGAAUAGUCGAUAUUAAAGAUUCAGAAUAUUGUAAAACUGAAAACAUUUGCGAUUUGAGUGAGGUGAAAAAUAAAAUAGUUUUCGAGUUAAACAAGGAACCAGAUGUUGCUGGCGCGUUACAACUUGGAAAUACACUGGUUGAUGCUUUUUUGAUGGCGUAUUACGAUGGAAUGAAAGAAGACGAGGUAGCAUGGGGCCGAAUUCGAACGGCAGAAGAAUGGGAGUCGUUAUUGAAGAUAUUAAAAGCUUAUCAUAAGAUCCGUUUUCAAACUAAGCUCUUGGACAAAGAUCUAGCUUCGACGAUGCUUAAAUAUUUGGGGGAUGUGUUUCAAAACGGUAUUAAAAAGUUCUAUGUACUUGUAGGACACGAUGCUAACAUACUGUCGUUGAUGUCUUCUUUGAAUUUUAAAGAUUAUACGUUGGAUGGUCAGUUUGAGAAGACGCCUAUUGGUGGGAAAGUGGUGUUUGAGAAGUGGUACGACGACGUGAAUGGUAGAGAUCUGCUGCGCGUGCGCUACGUGUAUCAGUCCUCGACGCAGAUCAGAGAUGGCGUUGAAGCUAGUUUACUACACCCGCCGCUGAAGGCGCUGCUGCAAAUGGAAGAUUGUGCUGUUGACGAAAACGGGUACUGUCCGUGGAACGAUUUUAUAAGAAAAUUCAACAUAAAUAGUUUAGUCAACAAUAGUAAUAGUCAGACGGUCGGUGAAGGAGCGUUGUUUUAGUUAGGCUCACAAAAAUAUUUAACAGUCUUUUGUCGGGUGGCAAUAAAGUGCGCGCCUUCAACGCCUGGGUAAUGCCCCUACUCACAUACCUAUACUUCUUUGGCAUACUAAGGUGGACUCAGACCGAUCGGAAAGAUCGGAGGGUACGAUUACUGCUCACCACACCACACAGCGUAUUGUAGCCAAGCCUGACUUCGUGCUGAUAGAUCAAUCGCAGCGCCGGGCCGUGCUCGUCGACGUCACCAUCCCCCAUGAUGAGAAUCUCGUGAAAGCCGAGAACGACAAGUCCAGCAAGUACCUAAACUUGGCUCACGGGAUAACCGUCAUGUCAUAGUCGUGUCAGCAAACGGUCUCAUAGCGAAGUCCCGACCAACACCUUGAGAGACUCGCUAGGUGGCUAGUAUGGAUAAAGGGGUUAGAUGCAGAAGGCGGUUAUGUUGGGCUGGGCACGGCGCGUAUACGCGUACAUCAGUUCCUCUCUUCGGUCCUGUCUCGCUGGCGGCACCCUAGGUUAGGUUUUUCAUAAUGUGAUUAUAUGUAUUUUGUAUUGCUUUUGUUUUUAUAUUCAUAUUAUAAAUGACCUAACUAUCGUGUAUCGUAAACUUUUUAGUAUAGGGACAGUACAUGUUAUGAAACUAUUCUCAAUACGUAAUAAACUUAUAAAGUAGUUAUCCUCAUGUCAAUUGCAUCAGUUGAUAAUGAACUGCGUUAGUAUAUACUACAGGGAAAUUACUAUUAUCUUGUAACACGUCAUUAUGAAGAAUGAUAACAAACAAAAAUAGAACUUAAGUUUUAGUCUUUUAGAUGUAAGUAGGUACAAUAUCCUACUUUAACCAUAAAGGCUCUAAGAUCUAGAGCAGAGCCCAACUGGGGAAAUAACUCCACCUUACAGAAAACCGCAGCCAAAUAACAGUAGACCCUACUCAUAGUGUUGUGUUCCUGCCGGUGAGUAAGGUUGCCAGAGCUCGAGGGUGCGGAGAGUGUUAGGGUCGGCAACGCGCAUGUAACUCCUCUGGAGUUGCAGGCGUACAUAGGCUACGGAGACUGCUUAACAUCAGGCGGGCCGUAUGCUUGUUUGCCACCGACGUAGUAUAAAAAAAAAUCUAUAGGUAAAGAUUUAUUUU